AAAGAAUUUGCUUUUCCUAAAAUUCUAUUUUUCAUCAAUUUAUAACAAUAUAAUUCGAAGAUAACCGAAUGAAGAUUUUUUUAACUUAAUAUAUGUUUAGUAUUAAUAAUACCGGUUUAGAAAAAUUUGAGUAUUUUUUGCAUAUCAAAGCGACUUCUUCACAUGGGCGGGUAAUAAAGCGCUUUCAUUGGACGAGCGUAGCUUCAGGCAGCGCCAUUUUGUGCUUGUUCGCUGACUGAUGCAAUUUGCAAAUACGUUUACGUUAUUUUUUUUGUUUCGCAUUGAAAAUUGUUUAACAAAUUGAAGUUUUUUUUAUCUAUAACUCCUUCAACAAUAUGAUGAAUCCUGCAACUGAUGUAGAAUACAUUGAGGCUGACAGGGAGUACAUGCAGUUAAACAAAAGGGAAAUAAUGGAGAGCGAGAUAGCAGACGAUGCAGAUGAUCACUGGGAUCACAACAGCAUAAGAAUUAUGCUAAACUUGUAUAUAGAGAAUCUUGACAAAUUUAGAAAUCCAAAGAUAAGAAAGAAAAAUUUAUGGUCUGAUAUUGCCAAUGCUGUGGGCAAAAGUCCAGACCGUUGUAACAAGAAAUUUAGAAAUUUAAAGCAAACAUAUAUUAGGUUACUAAAAAAGAAAAACAAGAUUGGUAUUUCGACCGUAAAAUGGCCAUAUUUUGAAAGUUUCGAGGAGAUAUAUUGUGUGGAGGGGGAAUACCAGCCUGAGAUUCAACAAAAACUGCAAGAAGGCUCCAAUGAGAGUAUAGCUAAAGCGUUACUAUCAAUAAGUUCUCCUUCAAAAUUUGAAGAUAGUCAUGAAAAUGGGGAAACAUCUAGUGGACAAAAUGAAGAAGUACGGAGAAGAUUGACAAGGAAACGGAAUGCAGAAUUCAGAAAAGUUACGUUAGAAAUUAAGGAUAGGCAAAGAUUGGUGGAAGAAAAAUUAGAUAGAUUGAUAAAUAUUGUAGAAGAAUCAAAUAAUAUUCAAAGAGAAAGGAAUAAACUGUUUGAAGAAUUUCUUGAGAAACUCAGGAGUUCUCAUGGAGGUUGCUGAAGAGAACUUCAAGACAAAAUUACAAUUGUAAAUGAAUUUACAUGUAUAUUUUAUAUAAUCAGACAUAUUGUAGUUAUCA